AUGGAGCCUCGGGCAGUGGCCGAUGCCGUGGAGACCGGGGAGGAGGGCGCGAUGAUGGAGGCCUUGCAGACUUAUAACCGGGAGAAUUCCCAGAGCUUCACGUUCGAUGAUGCCCAGCAGGAAGACAGGCAGAGACUGGCAAGGCUGCUUGUGGGCGCCCUGGAGCAGGGCCUGGCGCCCUCCCGCCGCGUCGCCUGGCUGCAGAGCCUGCGCAUCCUAUCCCGGGACCGCAGCUGCCUGGAUUGCUUCACAGGCCGCCGGAGCCUGCAGGCCCUGGCUCUCUAUGCUGGCAUCUCCGCCUCUUUGGUGCCAGACGCUGAGCCUCCAGACAUGGACAUUGUGCUUGAAGCCCUCAAGUGCCUGUGCAACCUCGUGCUCAGCAGCCCCAGAGCGCAGGUGCUGGCUGCGGAGGCCCACCUGGUAGUCAGGCUCGCCCAGCGCGUGGCGCUUUAUGGCCAGCGAAGCUUCCCCCACGAAGUCCAGUUCUUCGACCUGCGGCUGCUCUUCCUGCUGACGGCACUGCGCACUGAUGUGCGCCAGCAACUGUUUCGGGAGCUGCAGGGCGUGCGCCUGCUGACCAAAGCGCUGGAGAUGACACUUGGCACAACUCCGGAGGAGAGCGCCCUCGAACGGCUCCCUGCCCAGGAGACAGAACGAGCCAUGGAGGUCCUCAAAGUCCUCUUUAACAUCACCUUUGACUCAGUCAAGAAGGAGGUGGAUGAGGAAGAUGCUGUGCUGUUCCGGCACCUGGGGACACUUCUGCGCCACUGUGUUAUGAUCUCGGCUGCUGGAGACACAACGGAAGAGUUCCGUGGCCACGCAGUGAACCUCCUGGGAAACCUGCCCCCAGAGUGUCUGGAUGUGCUUCUAACCCCAGAGCUGCAGGCAGGCUCUGUGGAGUUCCUGGGUGUGAACAUGGAUGUGAUUCUUGCCCUCCUGGCCUUCCUGGAGCAGCGUUUGGACCAGACACACCGGCUGAAGGAGAGUGUGGCCCCGGUGCUGAGCGUGCUGACCGAAUGUGCCCGUGCACAACGCCCAGCCAGGAAGUUCUUGAAGGCCCAGGGACAGGCCACUCUCCAGGUGUUGCCCCCACUGCGGGAUGUAAGCACGCGCCCCGAGGUGGGGACACUGUUGCGUAACAGACUAGUCCGUCUCAUGACACACCUGGACACUGACGUGAAGCGUGUGGCCGCUGAGUUCCUGUUCGUCCUGUGUGCAGAGAGCGUGCCCCGCUUCAUCAAGUACACGGGCUAUGGGAACGCUGCUGGCCUUUUGGCUGCCAGGGGCCUCAUGGCAGGGGGCCGGAGCUCAGGCCAGUACUCAGAGGAUGAGGACACAGACACAGAGGAGUACAAGGACGCCAAGGCCAGCAUAAACCCUGUGACGGGGAGAGUGGAGGAGAAGCCGCCCAAUCCCAUGGAAGGCAUGACAGAGGAGCAGAAAGAGCAUGAGGCCAUGAAGCUGGUGAACAUGUUUGACAGGCUCUCCAGGCAUCGUGUUAUCCAACCCAUGGGUAUGAGUCCUGGAGGUCAACUUACAUCCCUACAGGAGGCCAUGUGCCAGUCCAUGGAAGGGCAGCUCUCCUCUGAUGCUGACUCGGACCCUGACUGA